AUAUUCCUAGGCAUCUUCUUAGUGCUUCAUCUGUUAGGGACUCUGGUUUUUCAGUUCAAUUUCAUCAGAGCAGAAUUUGAAUAUGGCAAAUCCAGUGGUACCCCAGAUCGCCAUUCUUGGAGCUGGUAUCUUUGUCAAAACCCAGUACAUUCCCAGGCUCAGUGAGAUCUCCAACCUAGUCUCCCUCAAAGCUAUUUGGAGUAGAACUGAGGAAUCAGCUAGAGGUGCGGUUGAGAUUGCCCAGAAAUUUUUUCCUGGAGUAGAGUGUAAAUGGGGUGAUAAGGGCCUUGAUGAGAUUUCUCAAGAUAGUUCAAUUCUUGGUGUUGCUGUGGUUUUAGCUGGCCAAGCUCAGGUAGAUUUCUCACUAAGGAUGCUUAAGGCAGGAAAACAUGUCCUUCAGGAGAAACCAGCUGCAGCUUCUACAAGUCAGCUUGAAGCUGCUAUUGCAGGCUAUAACUCGGUUUGUGCCAAUAUCUCGAGUAAACCCAUUUGGGCUGUGGCGGAAAACUAUAGAUUCGAACCUGCUUUUGUUGAGUGUAAGAAGCUAGUAGCUGAUAUUGGAGAUAUGAUGAAUGUCCAAGUGAUUAUUGAAGGAUCUAUGAACAGUUCUAAUCCUUACUUCUCAAGCUCUUGGAGGCGCGAUUUUACUGGUGGUUUUAUUCUAGACAUGGGGGUGCAUUAUAUCGCCGGGUUGAGGAUGCUUGUUGGAUCCGAGGUAGUCUCAGUCUCAGCUUUAACAUCUUAUGUAGACAAGACUUUGCCUCCACCAGAUAACAUAACCUCUCUUUUCCAAUUGGCGAACGGGUGUUCUGGAGUUUUUGUAAUGAUCGUCUCCUCUAGCUCGCCCAAGAUUAUCUGGAGAGUUGUUGGCUUGAAAGGAACAUUACAAGUCGAGCGCGGAAAGCAUGACGGUCAACAUGGCUACCUGGUUACACUUUAUAGUACCGAUGGACAAAGCAAAAGCACAUUCUACAAAUUCAGUGGAGUGACUGAUGAAUUCAAAAGUUUCAUAUAUGACAUAUCCCAAGCCAGCAUAAAGGGGAAUGACCACAAAACCGAGCCUCGUAUGUCUUUCGAGGAAGGUGCCAGAGACGUUGCCGUUCUAGAAGCAAUGCUUGAAUCCGGCGCAAAGCAAGGUGCACCAGUUCAAGUAAAAAAGUUUUGAACUUGAUUGAUGAUUAACUCUUCUUUAAAAAUAUGAUUGAAAUUCAUGUUAUAUUGUUAUCUUGAUACCCAUAUUUUUUCCCUUUAACAUCAAGAUAUGAAAUGAAAUAAAAAGAAGAGAUUUGUAGAACUAGUGCUUAUUUGAAUAAAGUUUACUUAUUUGUUGUUGUCA